UUCUCUUCAAAUCGCUACGUUCUCCGUAAACACUUAACAAACCUUCGAUUCGAAUCAUACUUCCCUAAAACAUCUUUCUUCCAUCCGAAAUCUGUUCAUCGGAUUUUGUGUUAGCCAAUGGAGCCCGUAACUUUUGUCAUUGAUCAAAUAAAAGUGUUCGUGAAAUCUUCUGAAGAGUUCUUCAAGGGCGUGAUUCACAAGCGGGAUAAUUCGUCUCGCCGCAAUCUGAUUGAGAUUUUGAAACGGUUGCAACGAGAAGUAUUUUCUGAUCUGAUGAAACUGAGGGACAGACAGGACAAGGUUGAGAGAAUGCUUUCCUUCUAUAGAUCUUCCAAGGGAAAUCCGUUUCAGGAAGCCAGUACCCGUGUGAAAGGAGAGGUGGAUGUUGUGGGUGCAUUAUUGCUUGUGGAUUAUAUUUAUCGACAGACCUGUGGCACUCUUGAUAGAGCAGGAGUUAGAACUGGAACUGUUUCAAGGUUCCAGAGCCUUACUGAUUUCUCUUUUGGACCACCCCUUUUGAAUCAAUAUCAUGAUGCUGCCGCUGCAUUAUUGGUGAAAAGAUCAAAGGUUGCUGCAUGUUUGGCUGAGUUUGUUUCUGGAUUGGGAAUGCAACCGGAUUCUACUGGAAUUAGGCAUUGCUUAAGCACUUUUGGGCAAGUUAUCUAUCAGCUUUCAAAAGGAACAAAGCUCACUCUAUUGGGUAUUCAGAAAAUGCCCAAAUCAUUAAAUCAGCAGAUUGGUUUAGGUUUCCUUACUUUGCCAGUGGGUAGUUUAAGACGCCACAAGCAUCCUGAUACACCCACUGAAGCAUCUUUUUCAUCCGUCACCAGCAACGUAGAGGACAAUGUAGCUAUUAGAUCCAUUGGUUUGAUGCUUGAGUUGGAGCUUGACGAGAGUACUAGAAUCAGAGGUUGGGUUGAAAUGCAGAAAUCAAGUCCGAGAUACUAACAAUAGGCUGUAACACUGUCUGAUACACCUGAAGAUGACAUAGGAUGGGGUUUGAGCUUGGGAGGGAUUAUCCAAGGUCCGUCAGCUUGGGAUCAAUUCCAGGUCGAAGCUUUCUUGAAAUUCAAUUCAGGAAAGGGGUUCAACUUUCAGCCUGGUUUUCUAAAUGUUAUGGAUGAGAUAAACAGGGUUCCUGCUCUUAUGUUUCGGUCAAGUUGGUCUUUGUGA